CCAGAUCGGCUGCAAAUUGAUAAGUUAUUAAAGUGUUUGUGAAAAUGUUGAAAAAUUUUGUGGUUUUUGCCUGUGUUCUGGUGGCAGCAAAUGCUGUUUCUAAGGAGUUUAUGGAAAAGAUGAUGAGUAAGAUGAUGGAUGUUGGGCAAAAAUGUAUGGUGGAGACUAAGGCCAGUAGUGAUGAUAUUGCCAAACUUCUAGCCCAUCAAAUACCCGAUACCAAUGAAGGAAAGUGUAUGAUUUUCUGUUUCCACAAAGCCUUUGGUGUGCAAACCCCUGAUGGAGCCUUAAGCCUUGAGGGAGCGAUUGCCUCCUUGGAUCCAAUCAAAGCCGAUGACAUGGAAUUGUAUGAAAAGGUUAAGUCUGUUUUUGAAACUUGCAUCCCCAAAACUGCUGUCGAUGCUGAUCCUUGCAUCACAGCUGCUACAUUGGGAGAAUGUGCUUCAGAUGUUGGAAAAUCUCUGGGAAUAUCUCCAGAUAUGUUCGAAGUUUAAAGAAUGUAUUUAAAAUGGAUCUUGGUAAAUGAAAUAAACCUAAAUGUAUUUAUUAUAAAAUAAAUUUAUUGUUCUAU